GUACAAUCUAUGGUCAUUUCCUGGAUGCUUAAUUCAAUAUCUAAGGAAAUUGUUGAAGCUUUUAUAUAUAAAAAAAAUGCAAAGCAAUUAUGGGAUGAGUUGGCCAAGAGGUAUGGUGAAAGCAAUAGUCCUCUUAAAUAUCAGUUGCAGAAAAAGAUUGCUACCUUUUCACAAGGAACAUUAACUGUUCCUGCAUAUUACACAAAGUUGAAAUGCUUAUGGGAUGAGCAUUCAUGCAUUGUGACUG